UAGCCACCACCGCCCCCGCAACGCCAUCCACCUGGCCGCCGCCGCCCCCGUGCCAACCUCCAACCGCACCGCUGCGGAGUCGGGUCACCAACCGCGCUGCCGCUAGAGCCCGGUCCACCAACCGCGCCGCCGCCGGAGUCCCGACCUUCAAGCACGCUACUGCCGAGCCUCGACCACCAAUGGCGCCACCGCCGGAGCCCCAACCUCAAACCCCAACGUUGCCAGGCCACGAUAACAAAAGCGUGCCAUCACCACCCCCAUGACCCAUGUCAUUGGCGCCCCUCCUCCGCGGCCGGCGCUCUCCUAGCCCAUGGUCGACAUCUAUCCUCCUCCGCGGCCAGCGCCCUCCCUCCCCGCGGCCGGCGCGCUCCUUCUCCGCGGCCGACUAGCCUCCAACUCCGUGGCCGACGCGGUCCCUCCUUGCAGCAGCUUGCCCCUCCUCCAUGGAUGGCCUGCACCGGCUGCCAGAACUCAUUGAGGUGGUACCCUUCAUCCUCGACCUUCAAUUACAGGUCACCAACGACGCUACAAAGAGAAUGGUCAGCAUCUGGCCCUCUAGAAGUUCAGUUUAUUGAUUCUCUGAAGUUUUUACAUUCUGGACUACGUCCGAAGGAAUGGCAAGUAGGCGUGGCUCUCUCUCAGGGGCGUCGUCCUCUUCACCAUAGGCACGGAGGCCAUGUUUGCUGACCUUGGCCAUUUCAACAUCAAGGCCAUUCAGCUGAGCUUCAGCUUCAUCACCUUCCCAUCUGUGGUGCUAUGCUACAUGGGCCAGGCAUCCUACCUGCACAAAUUCCCACAAGACGUCGGCGAGACCUUCUUCAAAUCUAUCCCAGCUCAGUGUAUUGCUGCUGGAGCUGGUUUCCGUGCAAGAGCCUGCUUCAGGGAUUCCUUCCUUGUUGACACCAGCGGAGGCGCUCAUGACACUGGCGCUGUAGUACAUGACCAAUGACCAUGCGGCGCCUGACAUGUCUUCGGUCAUCGCCAAGGUCUACAAUCUCUUCCUGGAGGUGUAGGAUUGCACCGACAAAGUUCCACAUCCUCGCCAACAUCUCCAUCUCCAUGGCCCCAGGUGAAUUCAGUUUAAUUGCUUGCUGGCGAACUUGUGUGGUUGCUCAUCGUAGCAUUUGGAAGUGACAUGGAAUUGUUGGUAGAUUAGUUGGUUACCCCUCUCAUGGCUAUCACAUGUUUCUGAUGCUAAUAAACAGAUGAGUGCUCCUCAACUCAUGUAGGCUGCAAACACCUACCAGGAAGCUUCGCCGCCCUGGUGCGUUGCAAUUUGGUGCAAAAUUGAACUGAGGGAGCACCAACCGUCCAAAAAUGUGUAUUUCUACCUUUUUUUCUUUCAGCUUAUGGUGAGAACAAAAGAGAGAUACAAUAUGAGUUCUUUUAUAUUAAUGAAAUGUUCGUAUGGCAACAAGCUGAGAGAAUAUUUGAAAGUAUUUCUUUUUCUUGUU